UGAUUCCCAUUAAUUGAGAGCGUCGGAAAGCUUUCAUCGACAAAAACAACAAUAGACAGCAGUUUCAUACAAAUACGCAUAGUAGCUGGUUUUUACAAAGUGAACUGGUUAAUCAGAAACCAUGUCUGUUGCAGGACUGAAGAAACAAUUCCACAAAGCCACUCAGAAAGUGAGCGAGAAAGUUGGAGGUGCUGAGGGAACCAAACUCGAUGAUGACUUCAAAGAAAUGGAAAAGAAAGUGGACACUACCAGCAGGGCAGUGUUAGAAAUAAUGACCAAAACAACAGAAUACCUACAGCCCAACCCAGCAUCGAGGGCCAAGCUGAGCAUGAUCAACACCAUGUCCAAAAUCAGGGGCCAGGAGAAGGGCCCGGGGUACCCCCAGGCGGAGACCGUGCUGGGGGAGGCCAUGCAGAAGUUCGGCAGGGAGCUCGGGGAGGAGUCCUGCUUCGGUCUCGCUCUCAUUGAUGCUGGAGAGGCCAUGCGAGAACUUGGUGAGGUUAAGGACGCACUUGACAUGGAGGUGAAGCAAAACUUCAUCGACCCUCUGCAGAAUCUACACGAUAAAGACCUCAAGGAGAUACAGCACCACCUUAAGAAAAUGGAAGGUCGACGCCUUGACUUUGAUUACAAGAAGAAGAGGCAAGGCAAAGUGCAGGAUGACGAGAUCAAGCAAGCCCUGGAGAAGUUUGAUGAAUCCAAGGAGAUUGCUGAACAGAGCAUGUUUAACCUGUUAGAAAGUGAUAUCGAACAGGUCAGUCAGCUCUCCGCCUUGGUCCAGGCCCAGGUGGAGUACCAUCGGCAGGCUACUGAGAUCCUGCAGCAGCUCUCUAGCAAAAUGGAGGACAGAAUACGGGAGGCCUCCAGCAAGCCCAGGAGAGAGUUUGUCCCGAAGCCUCGCAUGGUGAUGGACUUCACUCCCAGUGAGAACCACAACGGAGGAAUAACAAACAGCGGCACUGCCAAGUCCCCCGCCCCAAUGGACCAGCCCUGCUGCCGAGCGCUCUAUGACUUUGACCCCGAAAACGAGGGCGAGCUGGGCUUCAAAGAGGGCGAUGUCAUCACCCUGACAAACCAGAUCGACGACAACUGGUACGAGGGCAUGCUGCAUGGCCAGUCGGGCUUCUUCCCCAUCAACUACGUGGAUAUCCUGGUGCCCCUGCCCCAUUAACUGCCCCAUCGUACCCCAGGGGGCAGUUAAGACCUACACAUCGGCUUCUCCCAGCAUCUGUGCUACUGCUUCCACAAAGUUUCUGUUGAUAGCCACAAAGGAGACAGACAAAGAUGACAAAGGCGACACAGGUUAAUACGUACACCUGCAACAUGAUGGUGGUAAUCGUUUCUCGUUUUUGUAUCCUAAAACAUUACCGUAAGAUCAGUGUAUGAUCUUGUUGACUUAUAUGAGAAGUAUUUACCUUUUAUUUUUUCACAGAUGUAUUUUUUUCUCAGAAGCUGACAAGAAUACAAUGUCCCUGUCUUAUUUCAUUUUUAAAGUGUCAAGCUGGUUGGAUCUUGUUCGAUGUAGAAAUAGAUAUCGCGCAUUUGUACUAUGUUAAAAAAAAAUAGUUUUGUGAAUCUGAAACAGGGGGCUGUGGGGUCUUGGAAAAGGCUAUUGGAGGAGUUUUGUGAGGCAUGUACUAUUUAUUUUUGACCAGCAAUUUUCUUAGCUUUAUGCAAUUCAGCAUUUAGUAAAGGACGGAAAUGGAAAACCUUAGUUUUAUCCUCAUGAGGUGUCUUCUUGCAUGCUGGGACAAACUAAAGUUGAAGAGUACCCCUGUGAACAUGUGAAAUACUAUCUGGUAACAAAAUGUUGUAUGUGAAUAUAGACCUGUCUUUUUUCAUAUUUAUUGAUCCCAUUGCUGACUCCACUGGCCUUGGUCGGUGAAAGGCAAAGCAUUCUGGUUUAAACUGUGGGAGUGUAUUUCAUUGUGUUCAAACCUAUUGCUAGCCUCCCCAGGAAGCAUCCCAACAACAGAUAUGUUCCCUAUCCACACUGAUGCAUGGCAGAUUGGAAAUGUCCCUUCCAUGAUAUGCUGUGACACCAACGAUAGUCGCGUGAGUGAAGCUCUCCAUAACACGUAUGCAUGUUCCUCACUCACUUUCGUCUGAUACUUACUGAUACUGGACUGCAAUAAAUAUUUUUACACCGCCUGCAUAGUUUUGGCAAAUGGCAACUUGAGUUUUCAUGGCUUCGUACUUAGGUGACUUUAUUGGUCAAUUCUACCUUACUCAUUGUAGUAUUUACAGAUCAGCUCUUAGAAACGCAUACUGUAGAGCAGGAUGUUGUUGUGUAACUAGUUAGCCAACUAGAGACAAAAUCAAAGUAUUUGCAAAAGUUCUGGAGUCUAUCUGUGAGUAAAUGAGCAAUUAGCUAUUUGACAAGCUAAAUUAUAGAUCUCAGUGACUUGAAAUUGGGAUAAAAUAUGCAAGCAGGGAGCUCAGCUUCAAAUCUUCAUGACACAAAUGAGCACGGAGAACUGAUUUUGCUUGCAACUAUGACAGUACUGAAUAAAUACUGUUAUUUCUGCCUAAAGUGCUUUUACCACACUGAGUACUAGGUAUUUUAAACUGCAUUUGAACUGAGCCUACAGACUCUAAUGUAUAGAUGAGUUUAGUCUCAUGGAAAUUAAGAUUCAUUAGUAGGGCCGUUGUGGGGCUGGGGUAAGAUAAAGUUCUAUGGUCUGGGUACUUUUAGGUCCAUGGGAGUCUUGCUCAUCACUCUGAAUAUUGUUUAAAAUGUAAAAUGACAUCUAAAGGUCAUGUUUCAAAUGGAAGUUAAAAUGUAUGUAAUAUAUUAAAUAUAUGUAAUUGCCAUUUUUUAUAAAUGUAACGAUAUUCACAUGGUAAUAGCAUAUAUGGUAAAAUGAUACAUUUUUGGCUACUGUCUGUAUUCAUGUCGGAAAAUAGUUGCCUUUUUUAAAACUUAAAAAGGCAAUACGCAAAUGUCUACAUUGGUUUUCCUGCACACAGUCAACAUACAGUGCAACAUUGCUCUUUAAUCAGGUGAAUUGACUUCACAGUGAUAAUUUUAUGAUGAAAGCUAAAAUAAUAGCAAAUCUGAACACAACAAUAUGAAGCAUACAAUGGUCAAAACUAUGAUUUAUUGUUUAAUAAGUAAGGACCGUUUAUUUUUUCUUUUCAGAUUUAUUGCACUGACAUUGAAACAGGCUACUGUUGUCAUUUCAGAUGCUGACUCUUAAUCGUCUGUCUGUCUGUGAGGCUGGACUAUAUUUAGCCAAUGUUCUGCUUGUUCUAAAAACAGAUUUAUCACUGGAUAAACUAGCUUUUUGGAAUGGAGAAAGAGUGUAGUUCUAUGUAGAAGAAAUACAGAAAAUAAAUGGGUCUACCAGCCAGAUGCCUCAAUCAAGUGUGAAUUAUACUUUUCUAUUUUAUUUAAUAGAUGUUUCUGAUGAGUAGUGUUGAGAGUUGGCUUGGCCUGCUUGGUGAUUAUCUCUCUCACAUACUGUAGCUCAGCAUUCAGACUGUACAGAUGAACAGAAACCCAAAACCCAAAAAUGUUUUAGUUUCUUUCCGUAUUUUUUAUUUCUCAGGUAUUUAAGUGCAUUUCAAAGUGAGUGUAAUGUUCUGCCACUGCAGCCUCCUUCUUAGCAUAAUUUGACAAUUAGCAUCUCUCGUUUACUAUGGAGAUUAUAUUCAUUUGAGAAGGCUGUGGUGAAAAGCCAUUUUGAAAUAACAUUCCCGUCCAAUCAGAGACUGCCAUGAGUACCUGCAUUUGAACACCAAGUAGACUGCAAUGGCUACCACUGAGCUGUCCUGUUGUGUCGUUAGCGUGAUGCUGCAGAGUGUGUUUGGUCACACAAGGACUAUUUUAAUUGGGAACACAUACACACUAAGAAGUUUAUAAAACAUGUGUUAUUUCCCCCAUUAAGAGAUACCCACCAGUGCCUGAGUCAACAGCAUUGUACACUCCAGUGCGCAUGUGUGGACCAAUAUAACCGGACCAAUAAAGAGUUAUGUGACCUUGGAGUAUACACCUAAAUCAACUAUUUUUUAACUUAUUAAUGUGCUUGUGAAGAGACCCUCACAUGAAGAUGUAUAAAUACAAAAAAAAAAAAAAGAAUGGUGUUGCGCCUUCCAUUGAGUUAAUGACAGUGCCAUGAAAAUGAAAAAGGGCAGUAGAUAAUAAUGGUUACAGAUUGUUGGUUAUUUUGCCCACAUCACUUCAUUGACCUUAGCACAUUUGUAUAUUAUUAUUGCAUUGUUAAUGAAUCACUACUUGUUUAUUUACACUGGUUUAGAUGUUAAAUAUUUUAAGUAUAAACAUGAUUCCUGCUCAGAAGUCACUGCUGAUCCAAAACAAUCUGAAUAUGAAUAUGAACUGAAUAUGUUUUGCAAUAUGAGUAAAUGCUUUAAGUGUGCUCUUGACUGAGACCCUUAGCAGCAUGUGUUCAUCAGUGUUGUGAUAAAAAUUGUAUUAGCUUAUGUAAAUGCAUUUUCCCUGCACUCCAAAAUGUUAAAAAUGAGCCUGUUUUUUAUCCUUACUGAGUUACCUUAGAACCCUGAAAAUAUAAAUUUAUGUGAAAUUACUGAAAUAUAAUAAGCAAGUAUUACAUGUAUGAUCACUAAAUGGAGUUAUAUACAGAAUAUGGAUAUAUAUGUGUUAGUGUGUGGUCAGUUUGACCUCCAGAGAAACUUGAAUCAUUUUCUCCCACAACAUGUUUUACUAAUUACCAGUGAAAAGACAAGUGAAGGAGUGUAAGACAAAUUACUUGUAAUGUCAAUAAUGUACAUUGUUUUUCCAAACUUAAAAACAUUGCAUUAUUAAUUAUUCACCUGGCUUAUAAACAGAGACAUUUGUCUUUUGCCUUUGAUCAGAAUCAUAAAAGUGCAGCAGUGUGGCAUUGUGGUUCUAUGGAUAAAAAUGUGUCACAUGUUACCUGUACCUGGAUUGAGUAAAGCCAGGUAGUUUGGACUUGGUCUGACAUAACCCGUUGUGUCUUAAAGCUACACACGGGGUGUGUGUGUAAAAAUGCACACAUCCCCUGAAUUUCCUGCAAACCUGCAUAUCGCACUGUACACACGGAGGUAUUAUACAAUCAUUUAUUUAUGCCCUGAAUACAGUGCAUGCUCACAUGGCAACAGCUUGUGUCCUGUGAUGAUGUCACAGGGUCAUUACCACGCUCUAAUGAUCGAGUUCAGCUCUCUCAGUGAUGUCAUUCAGCCUGUGAACCGGUUUGCAAGAUGCAGUAAGCUGGUUGUCUGUGUGACGCAAGGAAUAAUUAUAGACGCACAGAUUUACAGAAUGAACCACAUUACAAACAGAUUUCUGGGUUUCUCUGUAAUGAAUAUUGAUUUAGGGCUUAAAUGUGAAUUUGUAAGGGACUCAACAGCUUGAUUAAGUGACUAAGAAUGCAAUAUGAUUGACAAUUAACAUGAAGAUGGAAGCAAAGCAUCGUUUUCUCUAGAUUCUAAGCCACUUCACGAGGAAACAUGCGCGUAUGUUAUUUCACACAUGUUCACGUGUUAUUUCACAUGAAAUGACUGUGCUUUGGUAAUAAUUUUACUGUGUUAUUCUACACAUUUUCGACAGUGCAUGGAACUGUAUGGCAAUAACAGGAAAACAUUAUUAUUAUUUUUCAGUGUUUGAAACUGAGGAGUGUAACUGUGUUUUCUUUUUUUGAUGGGGGGGGGGGUGUUAUGCAGAAACUAUGAUCAUGUUUUUCUUGUUUCACCAUAUUUAUUUGUUGCAACAGUUUCUGAGUAUUACUGAUACAUCUCUUGAAAAAUGGACCAAUAAGUCAGGAUAGUAUUUUGGAGCUUCUUGACCAAGUUCGUCUCCAAUAACAGUGAUUGUUUUAAUAGAGGGAAGCACAAUUGGAGUAUAGUAUUGUUUGUUUGCAGAUGUUCUGGAGAUGGCCGUAGAGUGAAGUGGCAGGGCAUUAGUUUAUCUGGCGAUAUUUUCAUACUUCUUUCCCUUCCUUUGGAUCUGAAUUAAUGUGAGUAUUUUUGCCCUCAAUGAGGACUGUACAGCUUUUUGUGUUGUUUUCACCUUGUGUGUACGGUUGCGCAACUAGCUUAUUUUAUUUUUGUACAGAACUAUUAAUAAUAAUUUAAGUAUUAUUAAUGGGUAAUGGCAGGAUUAUCGUGCUGCACACUGAUGUUGUCCUUGGUUUUUAUUUAUUUAUUUAUUUAUUUAUUUUUCUCUUUUUUUCUGUGCUGGAUUACAAGAAAAUGUACUGCUUGAUGUGAGACAAAAAUCUAUGUUAAUGUUUACUGAAAUAAACACGGAAACACAA